AUGAGAGGAAGAGGAAGAAAUAAUAUGCACCCUAGACGCCAUGAAGAUAGAGAUAGUGGAGUCAAGCUCAAAAUUCCACCAUUUUUUGGAACGUCGGAUGCGGAGGCAUACUUGGAAUGGGAAAGGAAGAUAGAACAUGUGUUUGAUUGCAACACAUUCAGUGAGAAUAAGAAGAUGAGACUUGCCAUUGCCGAAUUCACUAACCAUGCGGGAAAUUGGUAUCAACGUCUCAAAUCCGAGAGAAGGAGGAAAGAGGAGGAUCCCAUUGAAACUUGGGAAGAACUUAAAGAAGCCAUGAGAAAUAGGUAUGUUCCCAAACAUUAUGAAAGAGAUUUGAGAACUAAAUUGCAAGUUUUGAGGCAAGGAACAAAAACUGUAGCUGAAUAUUAUCAAGAGAUGAAAACUUUGAUAGAAAGAGCAAAUAUUCGAGAAGAAGAAGAAGACACCAUGUCUAGAUUCCUUGGAGGUUUAAAUCGAGAAAUUGCUCAUAUCGAUGGUUUUGUGAAUAGGGGUGAAGCAAAAGGGAAGUUUGUGGCUCCUAAAAGAGUGGAAAUCGGGAGCACCUAUACUAAAAAGAAUGCAACUUCAAAGGAGGAAAGAGAGAAAUCUAGUUCCAUUCAAUGUUUGAACCUUGAGGAAGAAUUCGAAGCUUUUAAUGAUGAGUACAUUGAAGAAGGUAACUCCAUAUCCUUAGUUGCAAGAAGAGUACUUAAUGUGCAGAUAAAGGAGGAGAAAGUUGAAGAUCAAAGGGAGAACUUAUUUCACACAAGAUAUAAGGAUGAGGUUCUUUGCGAUGUAGUACCUAUGCAUACGAUAUGUUAUUGGGCUGACCUUGGCAAUAUGAUAGAGAAGUCAUAUAUGAUGGAAUUUAAUGACAUGUUUCCACAUGAAGAUGCACCUACAGGUCUACCUCCUUUAAGAGGAAUUGAGCACAAAAUUGACUUCAUACCCGGGGCAAUGCUUCCAAAUAUGGCAGCCUACAAGACCAAUCCAAUCGAGGCCAAGGAAAUCCAAAGGCAAGUAGAAGAACUCGUGGAUAAAGGUUAUGUUCGAGAAAGCAUGAGUCCUUGUUCGGUUCCAGUCAUUUUAGUACCCAAGAAAGAUAGAACAUGGAGGAUGUGUGUUGCUUGUCGAGCCAUCAACAAAAUAACGGUAAAGUAUCGACAUCCUAUUCCUAGAUUGGAUGACAUGCUAGAUGAAUUACAUGGUGCAAACUUGUUUUCAAAACUUGAUCUUAAAAGUGGUUACCAUCAAAUUCGAAUGCAUGUGGGAGAUGAGUGGAAAAUGGCAUUCAAAACAAAAUUUGGUCUUUAUGAGUGGCUUGUUAUGCCAUUUGGUCUUACCAAUGCACCAAGUACUUUUAUGAGGCUAAUGAAUCAUGUUUUUAGAGAAUACAUUGGAAAAUUUGUUGUGGAUUCAAUUGUUGGAAAGCGAUGGGGAGAUAGAAGCUCUGAUGAACGAAAGGUGUCCCCAAGGCCUAUUCCCGAGAGUGGCAACACCACCAAUGCAACCCCGGGGUGGAGAUCCAUGGUUUGGCCUGGUAAUUAUAGAGUUUAUUAA